AUGCACGGUCGCGGACGCGACGAGGCCAGCUAUGGCCAGGUGUCGGGCGCUCGCGGAAACGGCCGGGCGUAUGGCGCCGAGCCGCCGCAGCUCGCGCCGCCACAUCCGGAGCGGGCAGGCGGACGGUGGCAGAGUGAUGCAAGCGAUGGUUACUAUGGGCCGGCGGAUGGAGAGGCGUGGGAGGAUGAGCCGCUGGCGAGGCCGGGCGAGAGGCGCGAGCCGGCGUACGUGCUGGCGGCCAUGCAGUCUGAGCACUCGGCGGCGGUAGCCGAAGCGCAGGGUCUGGCGCAGGCCAACGAGCGGCUGCGGGGAGAGAUUCAUGCGCUGCGGCUACGGGUGGACGAGGAGCUGGAGCGGGCGGCGGUGAUUCCGCGGCUGGAGGGCCAGAUCAAGGCGCUCAACGCAACGGUAGCGCGGCUGAACGAAGAGGCGGCGGCGGCGGCGUCGCGCGAUGCCGACGCCGAUGCCGCCCGCGCCUCGCUCGAACGCAAGUACUACUCGGCAACGUCUGAGCUGGAGCGGGCGCGGAGCAGGCUUGCCGAGCUGGAGCAAAAGGCGGCAGCGGCCGAGGCGGCCGAGACCCGGCACGGGCGGACGCAGGCGCUUGUCCACGAGCUCCGGGCCAAGGUGGCCGACAACGGGUCGGAAAUUGCUGAGCUGCGGGCACGAAACGCGGCAGCAGAGCGGGCCAAAGAGGCGGCGCAGCGGGAGAUCCAGGUCCUGCAUGGCAAGGUGAGCGACGCUCAGAGCCGACUCGACGCGGCACUGGCCGACGUUUCGCACGCACACAACCAUGCGGCGUCGCUCGAGCAAGCGCUGCUGACGGCGCGACUCGAGGCCGACGCCAAGGCGGCACGGGUUGAGGAGUUGGAGGGUCUGCGCGGAGUGCUGGAGGACCAAGUGGUGAGUGCCGAGAACGAGAAGCGGGCGAUGCGCGAGUCGUACGACGCGCAGCUCCGGGCACAGGCGGCGCAGGUGCUCAAGCUCCGGCACGAGGCUCAGGUUACCGCCGACGACAGCGCAGCGAGUGCGGCGACCAACGCUGGGGCGGAGCAGCGGAUGGAGGCGAGCGCCGGGGCCGAGGUGUAUCAGCUCGAGGCUGCGCUGCGGCACAAGGAGCUCGAACUAGAGCAAGUCAUUGCCAUGAUGCGCGACCUGACGCACGAGUCCAAGGCUCAGAUCACGGCGCUCCGCAACGACAACGCCAAUCUGCAGUCUCUUCUCUCGGCGACGCAGGCCGGAGCGAGGAGCCCCGUCCGCGACUCGCUCUCGUCGCCGGUCCGGGCCAAGAUGGAGGCGCUGGGCACGUCGUCGAUGACGGCGCUUGUCGAGUCGCUUGUGGCCGAGAACGACUCGUUGGCGACCGAUCUCGACGCCAUGCAGCGGGUGGUGGCCAACCAGAAGCUCCGCAUCUCGAUGCUCAUGCACUCGCAGCAGCUCGACAGCGAGCGAAGCAUGCUGGCGGUAGGCGCUGUUCAGCAGUCGCCGGCCAAGGUCAUGCACGGAUAAGAGGCCGCGCGGUUGACAAGCGCCAAGGUGAGUGAGAGUUUACGCUGUAGCAGGG